UUUUCUGAAUUGGUCGUUUAUUUUUUAUCUUUCAGUGGAAUUUCUACUAAUUUUUUGGUACUUAUUUUAUCAAAAACAACUUAUAUAUUAAUCAAAUUUACUUCAAAUACAACUUUUAUGAUUGUAAAGGAGGAUUUAUCAAAUGGGAGUGCAAGCUGUAAAAUUCCCGUGGUGAAUGUUGUCGACAACUCUAAUUUUAAGGAAAGAUUUCUUUAUGUGGCAGAAAAUGUUGAGAGAGAGGAUUUUGUGCAGAAAAAUUUGAGUGGUUGUGAUUGUAUUGAUGUGUGCCUUCCUGGGAGUUGUGCUUGUAUAGACAACAGUACAGCGAGAAUUUAUGACCAUAAAAUCGAUCUCACAAAUGGAGUGCCAAAUUUUUAUGAAAACAUAAUUUAUGAAUGUGAUAAAAAUACUUGUCUUGGUUGCAAAGGAAAAUGUCAUUGGCGUUUAACACCUGAAAAGUUUAAUUUGGAGGUUGAGGUCUUUAAAACGCCUUUGGCUGGGUGGGCUGUUCGUUCUAGACAGUUGAUUGAAGCAGGUACAUUUAUAGCAGAAUUUGUUGGUGAAAUUGUUCAUCAUAAUAGUAUGGCUCACAGACCGAUUGAUUAUGCUUAUGAUUUGCCGCUUCUGGAUAUUAAUAAAUCUGCUAAUAUUUAUGUUGAUCCUCACGUUUAUGGCAAUAUAACACGUUUUCUUAACCAUUCUUGCUUUGAAAAUUUGCAUCCUUUUCGUUAUUAUAGUCAUCAUAGAGACAAAUCUAGAAUUUCUUUGGGAUUUUUUGCGAGUCGUGAUAUCAUCCCAGGUGACGAAUUAACAAUUGAUUAUGGCCCAGAAUGGUGGAAAGGGAAAAUUGAGGAAUCUAGGAAACUGAACCAAGUAUUUUUUUGUUGUUGUGAUUGGGUAUAUUGUAUUAAUCCUGCACCUGGGAAACCUCAAAUGAAUGAUAAAGAUGCAAUAAAAGAAAUGGAACGUAGAAUUGAGAGGAAUCAUGCAAUUUUUAUGUGUUGGAAAGAAAAUCAAAAGAAAAAAAAUUUUGAAUUAAAAAAUUGA